AUCACCGUCCAAAUUCUCCAUGGCUUCUCCCUCUCAUCUCCUACUCAUCGUCUUCCUUCUUCCUGCUCUCGCCGGUUUCUCCAACGCCGACAACAUCGCCAUCUACUGGGGCCAAAAUGGCAACGAGGGCAGCUUGGCCGACACAUGCAACACCGGUCUCUACUCCUACGUCAUGAUCUCCUUCCUGACCACCUUCGGAAACGGCCAAACCCCCGUCCUCAACCUCGCUGGCCACUGCGACCCUCCUUCCGGCACCUGCACCGGUCUCACCGCCGACAUCAACCAGUGCCAGUCCCAAGGCAUUAGGGUGCUGCUGUCGCUCGGCGGAGCCAGCGGCAGCUACUCGAUCUCCUCCUCCGACGACGCGACGAGCGUGGCGAGGUACCUGUGGCACAACUACCUCGGCGGGUCGUCGAGCUCGCGGCCGCUGGGCGACGCGGCGCUCGACGGCAUCGACUUCGAUAUCGCGCAAGGCACGUCGGACAACUACGGGUACCUGGCGCAGUCGCUUCUAGACCUGGGCAGCCAGGCGGGCACCAAAGUGUAUCUAUCAGCGGCGCCGCAGUGCCCGUUCCCGGACCAGCUGCUGGGGCCGGCGCUGCGGGCCGUGACCUUCGACUACGUGUGGGUGCAAUUCUACAACAACCCGAGCUGCGACUACAGCUCGGGGGUCAGCGGCGUCGCGGGAGCGUGGAGAACGUGGACCUCCAGCUUGCAGUCGUCGACUGUCUUCCUGGGGGUGCCGGCAUCGACGGAUGCAGCAGGGAGCGGGUACAUCCCUCCGAGAGACCUCACGUCGCAGGUGCUGCCGGCGAUCCAGCAGACGGCCAACUACGGCGGCAUCAUGCUGUGGAGUAGGUACUUCGACCGUAUCAGUGGAUACAGUGCUGCCGUACAGAACUCCACACAGCCAAAAAUUUUAAUUCCAACGAACUCAACGAUUUUAAUUCAAGUAAAAAUUAUUCAACGCUGCCCAGAUUGUAAUUUUUCUUAGAUUUAUUUAAAAUUUUAAAAUAUUUAUUUUAUAUAUUUUUAAAAAUAAGUUAA